AUGCAAAAAGAUGAAGUCCCACCACUGAGCCCUGAGGUAUAUGGAGUCCCACCACUGAGCUCUGAGGUAUAUGGAGUCCCACCACUGAGCCCUGAGGUAUAUGGAGUCCCACCACUGAGCCCUGAGGUAUAUGGGAUCCCACCACUGAGCUCUGAUGUAUAUGGAGGCCCACCACUAAGCCCUGAGGUAUAUGGGAUCCCACCACUGAGCCCUGAGGUAUAUGGAGUCCCACCAUUGAGCCCUGAGGUAUAUGGAGUCCCACCAGUGAGCCCUGAGGUAUAUGGGAUCACACCAGUGAGCCCUGAGGUAUAUGGGAUCCCACCACUGAGCUCUGAGUUAUAUGGAGUUCCACCAUUGAGCCCUGAGGUAUAUGGGAUCCCACCAUUGAGCCCUGAGGUAUAUGGAGUCCCACCAUUGAGCCCUGAGGCAUAUGGAGGCCCACCACUGAGCCCUAAGAUACAUGGGAUCCCACCACUGAGCCCUGAGGUAUAUGGAGGUCCACCACUGAGCCCUGAGGUAUAUGGGAUCCCACCACUGAGCCCUGAGGUAUAUGGAGUCCCACCACUGAGCCCUGAGGUAUAUGGAAUCCCACCAUUGAGCUCUGAGGUAUAUGGAGGCCAACCACUGAGCCCUGAGAUACAUGGGAUCCCACCACUGAGCCAUGAGGUAUAUGGAGUCCCACCACUGAGCCCUGAGGUAUAUGGAGGCCCACCACUGAGCAUUGAGGUAUAUGGAGUCCCACCAUUGAGCCCUGAGGUAUAUGGAGUCCCACCAUUGAGCUCUGAGGUAUAUGGAGGCUCAACACUGAGCCCUGAUGUAUAUGGAGUCCCAUCACUGAGCCCUAAGGUAUAUGGAGUCCCACCAUUGAGCCCUGAGGUAUAUGGGAUCCCACCACUGAGCUCUGAUGUAUAUGGAGGCCCAUCACUGAGCCCUGAGGUAUAUGGAGUCCCACCACUGAGCCCUGAGGUAUAUGGGAUCCUACCACCGAGCUCUGAUGUAUAUGGAGGCCCAGUACUGAGCCCUGAGGUGUAUGGGAUCCCACCAUUGAGCCCUGAAGUAUAUGGAGUCCAAACAUUGAGCCCUGAGGUAUAUGGAGUCCCACCAGUGAGCCCUGAGGUAUAUGGGAUCCCACCAGUGAGCCCUGAGGUAUAUGGGAUCCCACCACUGAGCAAUGAGGGAUAUGGAGUUCCACCAUUGAGCCCUGAUGUAUAUGGAGUCCCAAAACUGAGCCCUGAGGUAUACAGGAUCCCACCAUUGAGCCCUGAGGUAUAUGGAGUCCGACCAUUGAGCUCUGAGGUAUAUGGGAUCCCACCACUGAGCCCUGAGAUAACAUGGGAUCCCACCACUGAGCCCUGA